AUGUGAUGUUUAAAUAAAUCAAUGACUUCUUAGUAUUGAUGACUGUUGUAAUUUUGAAUUCCAAAUACAAUACAUUCGUUCGGGCUCAUUUGAUACUUCUUGAUUAAAUUGCGUUAUUCCUGGGAUUACUAGUUCAUACUACAAUUCAAAUACUUCUAAUUAUCAUAUUGGCGUCGCGAUGGAGCCUGCGAUACAACAGUUGGACAUUCAUUCAACUUCUGAAGCUUGUGAGGAUUACCUUGAAAGGUUUGAGAUAUGGAGCAUGACCAAGAAAGAUAUGAAGGGUGACAAAAUUGUGGCACAUUUUCUUACAUUCAUCGGUCAAGAAGCCUACAGUUUAUUAAAAACCUUGGCAUAUCCAGAUAAGCCCAUUUCACUCCCAUAUACAACUCUCAAGGAAUUACUAUUAAACCAUGUGAAGUGCACCAGUUUUGAGUGUCGUGAGAGAGCAAAAUUUCAUAAGAUGAUUCGUCAGGAUAACCAGAAGGUUAAAGACUUCAUCCUUGAAUUGCAAAGACAAGCUGCCAAAUGCAAUUUUGGUGAUCAGCUUCAUGUACAGUUGAGAGAUCGGUUAAUUGCUGGAAUUAACAUACCAGGUCUGGAAAAGGAGCUGUUAAGAAUGCCGAACUGUUCUUUUCAAGAUGCUAGAACUGCAUGUAUUAACUACGAAGCAGUGAAUGAACUUGAUAUUCAAUCGAUGAAAAUUUCUAAUACUUUGCUUAGUCGUCAUGAUGAAUUACAAUCUCAGGGUCGAUCAAAUUUGCGUUCGUUUAAUCGUGAUUGCUAUUCCCGUGGAAAUAUGAAAGGUGGUUUAACAAGGAACUGCAAAGCAAACAACAAAGGUGAGAAUAAGUUUGGUAAAUGCUUAUCUUGUGGCAAAUUUCAUUUUCGUAAUUCAUGUGCAUUUCGUAAUGCUAAAUGUUUUAAAUGUGGCAAGAUAGGACACAUUCAGUCAGUGUGCAAAACUACUGUUCACUUUGCUUCAAGUAUUACUAAGUCUGGUAACUUAGAUCCCAAUAAUUCGGCUGUUCUUGAUGAUCAUUUAUCUUUAUCCACUACUUCAAAAGGGAAUGUUCAUAUUCAAAAGCGAUUAUAUACAUCCCUUGGUUCAUUUCAUGACUUUAUUGUGGACACAGGUAGUAUAGAGUCCAUUAUUUCAUUCAAGAACUUGAAAUCUUUAGAUCCUAAUGUUGUGGUAAAACCCACUGAGGUCUCAAUACUGGGGAUUACUGGACACAGACUACCUAUAAGAGGAUGUUGUAAAUUGCUAAUAAGAGAUGAUAAUUCUUCAUACGUACCUUGUGAAUUUUUAGUUAGUGAAACAGGACUGUCCAUACUGGGUUUAAAAAAUCUGAAAAGGCUUAAAGUGGAAUUGUCUCUACUAGUUUCUACAGAGAAUUCUGAUGCUUUACUCAAGGAUUUGAUAGCUGUGUGUGCUAAGUGUAGUGGAGGUAUGAAAAUUCAGCCCAUUAAACUUCAAGUACAGGGUGAUCCGGUCUUUCUUAAAAGACGAAUAAUUCCUUAUGGUCUUCGAGAAGCAGUACAUAAGUCACUGAAUGAUUUGUGUGCGAAAGGUAUAAUUGAACCAGUUCAGUCCUCAGCAUGGGGUACUCCUAUUGUUACGCCAUUGAAAUCGGAUGGCAAGACCCCUAGAAUAUGCGGUGAUUACAGAUUGACACUGAACUCCCGUUUGUUGAAGCAAACAUGCACGACGAUGGAGGCUGAAGAUAUUCUAAAUCGGCUUCAUGGUUCUAAAGUGUUCUCGAAAGUUGACUUGAAAGAUGCUUAUCUUCAAAUUCCUUUAGAUCAAUCUUCAUCUAUCUUGACAACAAUUAACACUCCUUUUGGUCUGUUCAAAUACAACUUCCUUCCAUUUGGUCUUAGUUGUUCUCCAGCCAUAUUUCAAGAGGUCAUGAAUAAGAUAGUCAGCGAUAUUGAAGGUGUUGAAGUUUAUCAAGAUGAUCUCAUUGUUCAUGGUGCUGAUAAAGUAGUCCAUGACCAGAGACUUAUUGCUUUAUUGCGUCGUUUAAUUGAGAAGAAUAUUACAGUGAAUCCAAAUAAGUGUUCAUUUAGUGUAUCUAGUUUUGAAUGCCUUGGAUACUUAGUUGAUGGUAAUGGUUUUAGACCAGAUAUGAAACGACUAGCUCCACUGACAAAUGCACCGUCUCCAAAAAACAUCACAGAAUUACGUUCACUAGUGGGUGCUCUUCAGUACUAUUCUCGUUUUAUUCCUAAUUUUUCUUGUCGUGCCAAUUGUUUAUUUAAUAUUUUGACAUCCAAUUCAUUCAAAUGGGGUGAAGAACAAGAGUCAUGCCUACGAAGUCUGCUAAAGUUUCUUCAAAGUGAUGCUGUCCUUCGAACUUACUCACCCAGUGUACAUUCUGUUCUUAUUACUGAUGCGUCACCUGUAGGUAUUGGUGCAGUUUUGGAACAGGAAGGUAGGCCAGUUAUAUGUGUUUCACGCAAACUUUCUGUUGCUGAACAAGGUUAUUCACAAACGCAGCGAGAAGCGUUAGCUGUGUUUUGGGCUGUUAAAAGACUUCAUAAAUAUUUAUUUGGAAAGAAGUUUACCAUUGUUACUGAUCAUGAAGCCUUAAAGUUCAUUUAUCAUCCUGACAAAUCCUUAGCACGUUCCUCAGCUGCUAUGGUUCAACGAUGGAGUAUUGCUUUGAGUGCUUAUGACUAUACGAUUCAGCACAGGAGUGCAAAACAAAUUCAACACGUUGAUUACAUUUCUCGACAACCAUUACAAGAUAGACCUGUUAAUACUUCAGACUGCUUGUUAGUGCAACCUUUACCGGUGAGACGUCCAGAUCUCAUUAGAGAAACUCGUAGAUACUUUGGAUGUAUACUCAGUGCUAUACGGAAGGGUUGGAAUGCUAAUCUGAAACGUAGAUUUCCUGUCUAUUAUUCAAAGCGGGACGAGUUAUCUACUACUCCUGACGGUAUUUUGUGUUUAAAUGAUCGUGUUGUUAUUCCUCCUUCAUUACGCAAACCUGUCCUUGAUGAUCUUCAUAGUGGACAUCUUGGUGUUGAGAAAAUGAAGUCCUUAGCAAGACUCACAUGUUGGUGGCCAGAGAUAAAUGCAGAUAUAUGUCGUACAGCAAACAAUUGUGAGAAAUGUCAUAAGCUAAAAAGUCUGCCUUCGAAGUGGACUCCAUGGCCAGUAUCGUCUGAGGCCUGGCAGAGAAUUCAUGCAGACUACUGUGGUCCAUUUCUUGGCAAAUACUAUGCACUUGUAAUUAUUGAUUCUUUUUCUGAGUGGCCUGAAGUUUUUUUCACAACUUCACCGAAUUCUGACUUCACAAUUCAAGCAUUAAGGAAGGUGUUUAGUCGAGAAGGAGUUCCCAUGGUGUUGGUGACUGAUAAUGGCUCUCAUUUUGCUGCAGAUGCAGUCACUAAUUGGUUAAAUGGUAUAGGGUGCAGACAUCUGUUUACGGCUCCCAGGCACCCUUGUUCCAAUGGUCAGGCAGAAAAUUUCGUAAGAACAUUGAAAAUUGCUAUUGAUUCUAUUGCUGCUUCGACAUUCAAUGAACUGGAGAGGGGAGUAGAUACAUUUCUACUUCAAUAUAGAAAUGCUAAGCAUUCUGUGACGAAAGAGACUCCAUCAAAGCUAUUAAAAGGAAGAAUUCUCCGUUCGAAUAUGAGGUGUUUGGAGUCUGCAGAAGUUACGUAUUAUCGUGGUAAUGAUCUUCGACCAGCCACGGGGAUCGUGGUGAAGAAUGUUGGAAAAUCUAUGGUGCGAAUUCUGGAUAUCAAUGACUUGACCAUACAUAACCGACACGUUGAUCAAAUACAAUACCAGAAUCCAGAUAAUACAGAGUCUACAUCCAAUACACCGUCGGACAGAUGUAAGAUGAACUUAAGAAGAGGACGAACAAUCGAUUACAGACACUUACACUCCAAUUCGAGCUGUGGCGGAUGUGAUGUUUAAAUAAAUCAAUGACUUCUUAGUAUUGAUGACUGUUGUAAUUUUGAAUUCCAAAUACAAUACAUUCGUUCGG